AUGACUGAGCGCCGUGUGCCUUUCUCGCUCCUGCGGAGCCCCAGCUGGGACCCUUUCCGCGACUGGUACCCGGCCCACAGCCGCCUCUUCGACCAGGCCUUCGGGCUGCCCCGGCUGCCCGAGGAGUGGUCGCAGUGGCUGAGCCACAGCGGCUGGCCGGGCUACGUGCGCCCGCUGCCCCCGCCCGCCAUCGAGGGCCCCGCCGCAGUGGCCGCGCCCGCCUACAGCCGCCUGCUCAGCAGGCAGCUCAGCAGCGGCGUCUCGGAGAUCCAGCAGACUGCCGACCGCUGGCGCGUCUCCCUGGACGUCAACCACUUCGCCCCCGAGGAGCUGACGGUCAAGACCAAGGACGGCGUGGUGGAGAUCACGGGCAAGCACGAGGAGCGGCAGGAUGAGCACGGCUUCAUUUCCCGGUGUUUCACUCGAAAAUACACGCUGCCCCCCGGUGUGGACCCCACCCAGGUCUCCUCCUCCCUGUCCCCUGAGGGCACGCUCAGCGUGGAGGCCCCGCUGCCCAAGCCAGCCACCCAGUCGGCAGAGAUCACCAUCCCUGUCACUUUCGAGGCGCGGGCCCAGCUUGGGGGCACAGAAGCUGGAAAGUCGGAAAAGCCCGGAACCAAGUAA